GUUGGGCUCGGGCCGUGUACUGUGUGUUUGCAGCUGUGAGAUUGGGGAUUAUUUUCCCUCCUCUUCCUAUUUUCUUCCAUCUUUCGCUGUGUUUUUGCCCUUUCCUGUUAGCAGUGUGACAGAGCAAGCUCCCAUUCCACACUCACAUACACACUCGUCCAGUUGCAGCAGGAGCAGCAUCACAUCUCGCACAUAAGGACAACUCGCUUUUGCAAUUCCAGCCUUGAUUCCCUUGCUUUUUCUUCCCAACAUAUCGCUUCCGUUAUACUGUGCAAAUGAUCGGCUCGUCUGUGGCCAGCGUGAUUUCGCUUUGCGACUAUUAACAUAAUAUUUUUACUUUUGCCAUUGGCAGCAGCUCAUUUUGCUUCCCAGCUACAUUUGCCUUAGUCUGUGCAUUUAGCCCCAGGCCAAUCUUUUUUUUACCAUGAAGUAACUUGCCAGAGUAAGUUUUUUUCAACACCACAGACUUCAUUUUAACCAUCAGCAGCAACUAAAACUGUUAGAUAUAUUUUUAAUAAAAAUCUUUGUGCACCUUGGAUUCAAGAGGUGUGAGCUGGCAGUUCCAACUGAGCCUAGAGUCUAAAGUUCCCAUAGGACUGGCUGGUGUAAAGCUUCUUAUGGCAGAUGCUGUAAUGUCUGGUGCUCAUCUCCUGAGCUUUAAUACCUGUGGCACCAAGAGAGAUUCGGAUCAGCAGUUGCAUCUGGGAAGUAGUGGCGCAUCUGGUGCUGGAGUCAAGAGGCAGCGAGUGGAGCUUGAGCAACAGGAGCCUGGAAACCCCAUGAGUCUGCCAGUGUCCCAAGAAUAUCCGGGUUUUACACCAGGAAACAGCCAGGGUAACCAGGAGCCGACAGCUACUCCUGACGCAAUGGUUCAGCCCUUUGCAGCCAUCCCUUUUCCUCCACCACCACAGAAUGGACUAUCCACAGACUAUGGAAGCCAGCACACACAGGACUAUGCUACUCAAUCCACCGAGCAUGGGAUUCCCUUGUAUGGAGGAGGGCAGAGCCAUGCAGAGCACAGCGCCCCAGCUACCAGCACUGCCAAUGCAUCCAGCACGCAGACAGAUGGAUCACAGACAGAAGGACAGCAACCACAGACACAAAACAGUGAAAGUAGCGAAAGCAAAGCCACCCCAAAGCGGCUUCAUGUUUCGAACAUCCCUUUCCGAUUCCGGGACCCAGACCUGCGCCAAAUGUUUGGACAAUUUGGCAAAAUUCUUGACGUGGAAAUCAUAUUUAACGAGCGAGGCUCCAAGGGUUUUGGUUUUGUAACUUUUGAAACUAGCGCGGAUGCUGACCAGGCCCGGGAGAAAUUGCACAGCACGGUGGUUGAGGGGCGAAAAAUCGAGGUGAACAAUGCCACAGCUCGUGUGAUGACCAAUAAGAAAAGUGUGACCCCUUAUGGCAACGGCUGGAAACUCAGUCCGGUUGUAGGAGCUGUUUAUGGACCGGAACUUUAUGCAGCUGCACCCGGGCUCCAAGCUGACGUCUCUCUGGCCACUGAGGCUGGUGUUCCCCUGCCCGGACCACGGGGGGUUAACACGUACAUUCCGUUGAUCAUUCCUGGAUUUCCUUACCCUACAGCAGCAGCCGCAGCUACCACAGCAGCUGCUUUUAGGGGGGCACACUUGAGGGGCCGCGGGAGGACGGUGUAUGGUGCUGUGCGGGCAGUACCUCCUACUGCUAUCCCCACAUAUCCUGGACUAGUCUUACAGGAACCAAUCUUAAACCCUAAACUACCUCAGGGUGGAUAUGCAGCAUACAGAUAUGCUCAGCCAGCCACAGCCGCAACAGCUGCCACCGCCGCUGCAGCUGCCGCAGCAGCCUACAGCGAUGGGUAUGGGCGAGUAUACACAACUGACCCAUAUCACGCCCUGGCCCCUGCUGCCAGUUACGGAGUGGGAGCUAUGGCGAGUUUAUACAGAGGCGGUUACAGCCGAUUUGCUCCGUACUGAAGUGACGUAAGCCUAUUGUCCCCUAUUAAACCUGGACAAAACUGCCCUUCUUUCUCCUUCUGACCCCUUUCCCCUUCCUCCACUAUCAACGUUCGCGAGGCCCGGCUUUUGCAAUACUUUAAACGAGAAACUCCUCCAGGAAUUUUCUAGCAGCGCCACAUGGAAGGACACAGCUGAAAAACAUUCAAACACACAAAAAAGGACAUUUUUUAUACCUCAGCCUACUCUUCAGAUCUGUAUUUUUAUUUCUGCUUUUUGGGGUUAUUUUUUUUUUGUUGUUGUUGUUUUUUAGGGGGUGUGUUCAUUUUGUUCCAAAGAUUGUGUUUAUUUUUUAUUGUGGUAAAAGUGCGUGUAUAUAUAUUAUUUACCUACGUAUGUGCUGUGAGCUUUUUUUAAUAUUAUUUCUACACUUGGAGGGGAGGUUUGCAGAAAUCAGGAGGACAGAAGAUGCCGAUAGGACGGGGAGGAAGAGAGAGAUUAGAAUAAGAGAAUUGUUAUUAUUGGCUCCUGGGGAACCAAUCCUCUUGCAGUGAGAGUGUUAUAGGCAGAUUGAAUAUUGUUUGCUGGGCGUUUCAUACAAACAGAACGGAAAUGGGACGAAAACUCAAUCAAGAAGAAUAGUGAAUUGGGAGAGGCCUACAUGUGACCAGCUUGAACUGGCAUUAUUUUGUACACCAUUGAAGUUGCACUGUCAUUUGAAUGCUUUGUGACUGUCUGACUUGGAUACAAAUUACUAACCUUCUCUUCAGCUGCUUCAAUGCGGAUAAAUGAAGUGGUGGAAGAAUGAGAAAAUGGAAAACCAAAAUGACUUCCCAGUUUGGAUUAUGACGCAAUUCUUCUGUGGGCCUAGAGAGCUAUUGGCAGUUAUACGUGUGAUGGGGCAAUCACAGUGGUUGGUGCAGUAUAAAUAUGUUUGUAUA